GGCUUCUCCCACGCAAAACAGUAAAUUAAAUUCCCGUGUUGUUGGCCUUCUGUAUAGUGUAUAUAUAACCCAUAAGUUGAUCCCCCCAAAUAGAACCGUCAGAUUACAUCUUUUACAACUUCCUUUCCCGCCUGAAAUUUUUAAGUUGGCAGAGCAUUGAUCUUCAGUUUCAAGACUUUUUCCCGAAAACACUCUUCAGCUAGCUUCAAUUAAUUUGUUUCUUGGUACAUACUCGAUCCGAUUAGAUAGAAAUUAGAACACUAGCCACAUGGACAAGCAAAGGCAAUACGAGCGCGUAUUCAAUCACUUGGAUGAAAACGGAGAUGGGAAAAUAUCGGCCUCGGAGUUGCAACAGUGCGUCGCAUCGAUGGGGGGAAAGAUGUCGGUGGAGGAAUCGGAGGCGGCAGUGAGGCUGAUGGACUCGGACGGAGACGGGUUGUUGUGCUUGGAGGACUUUGUGAGAAUAGUGGAAGGAGCGGGGGACGAAGAGAAAGGCACGGAUUUGAUGGGGGCUUUCAAGAUGUACGAGAUGGAGGGCUGCGGUUACAUCAACCCCAAGAGCCUCAAGAGAAUGCUGCGGAGGCUGGGAGAGUCCAAGAGUACUAACGAGUGCAGAAAGAUGAUCGCUCGUUUCGACCUCAACGGCGAUGGCGUCCUGAGUUUUGACGAGUUCAAGAACAUGAUGUCUUGUUGAGAGGCCUCUUGAGAUGCUGUGUCUCUCCAUCUCUACGUUGAAUUCGAUCGCUUGAUUGAUAUAUUUUUUUUAAAAUUUCUCUUUACAUGUUGUCAAUAAUUGUUGUUCCCCCUCAUUCAUCCAUUCAUUGUACAGCUCCAAAUCAAUGGAAAUUUUUUGUAGUA